UAUGUGUUAUCUAUGGCAUUUCAUAGUUAAAAAUUGAAGUGAGCUCUGUAACAUCGCUUUUGUAAUCUCGUUUUCAGCAAUAUCAUGGCUAAAAUGCUGCUAUAAUUUAAUUGUCUGGAAUACGUGCCUCAGUGAUAAUUAUAAACACGUGCAGGGGAGAGACAGUUGGAUACUUUUUGAAAUUAUAUGAUUACUUUGUUUCAUUUGACAAAUUGCGCUAGACCGCAUAUAUAAAAUGGCAGCCCUACCACGUAGAAUAAUCAAAGAGACACAGCGAUUGAUGCAAGAACCCGUGCCGGGAAUAAGUGCGGUGCCUAGCGAGACUAAUGCGCGUUAUUUUCACGUAAUCGUCACCGGCCCAGAGGACUCACCGUUCGAAGGAGGACUAUUCAAAUUAGAACUAUUCCUGCCAGAAGACUAUCCAAUGUCAGCGCCUAAGGUUAGGUUUAUAACGAAAAUAUAUCACCCGAAUAUAGACCGACUGGGUCGCAUAUGCUUGGAUAUAUUGAAGGAUAAGUGGAGCCCAGCAUUGCAAAUUCGUACCGUUCUCCUUUCCAUUCAGGCGUUACUAUCGGCGCCUAACCCUGACGACCCCCUCGCGAACGACGUAGCUGAACUUUGGAAAGUUAACGAAAGCGAGGCGAUUCGAAACGCUAAGGAGUGGACGAGGAGAUAUGCUAUGGAUAACUGAGCAUACGCCGUCGCAACCAGUGCCUCCCCACACGCGAGAAAAGUGGAAGAAACUAACAUAAUUAUAUUAUUAUCAUGAUUUAAGAGUGCAAGUUAUGUUUACAACCUAGACCAGUAACUUGUGAAGAGACAAUUGUGAAAAAAAAAAAUUAAUCGGCUGAGGUAAUUGCUGUGACACCGUGGUGUGCUCAGGUUAACCUUUUGCAUUUGAAUGUAGUCCUCCUCGUCUCGGCACGAUUCGACAGCCCAUUGUUUCCCCUCACUUGUAGCUUCAUUAUGAUAUUAGGUAUGCAUAUUUUUUUACUGUAAUAAAAAUAGCAAAUUUAAAGAACAUCGGGAGAUUAUUGUGAUGUAUAUAUUCAUGGUUAUGAAGUUUGGUUAAUUUUAUACAAAGGAUAGUGUGUAUCGUCACAAAGCCUUUGCCAGAAUCUUAUCAAUAUUAAGUGCUAUCAUAACAUUGGUUCCCUGAUCUCUACUGAUACUGAAUAAUUAGACAGAGGAAGGAAAAUAAUUAAUUUAUUUCAGUGAUCAAUAAUGGUUUUUCUUUUCUGUGAAUCUUAUGUGUACUAUUUACUUGUAUAAAAGUUAUAAUUGUAUUUAUGUAAAUUUAAUUUGGCUUU